AUGGAUGAAUAUGAUGAGGAAUAAUUUGAGCAUUCAGAAUGUUUAGAUGAAAAUAAUGAAUUUAUGAACUUUGAAUAGGAGUAGUAAGGGGUAGGAGAAGGAGAAUUGGAGUAAUGUGAGAUAUGUUCCAGAAAGUUUCAUACAGAGAGGAUUGGAAAACAUAGGUAAGUGUGUGAGAAUGCUUAAUAAAAAUAAAAGGAAAGAGAUAAGUUAAUAAAACGUAAAUAAUAAAAGAAAGCUGAACUUUAAUAGAUGUUGGAUACUAGGGAUAAAUAAGUGAAAAAUAAAACAGUUAAUAAUUGGAGAGAAUAACAUAAGUAAUUUUAAGAGAUGAUUCAUUGCAAUAAAAAAGAUAAAGAGGUAGUACAUUGAAUGAAUAAAUGAGGUUCAAAAUGAAGGUGGUGAGGAGAGAACCGUAAAGACUCCAGAAUUAGCAGAGAAUUCACAAUAUGUGUUUUGUGAAUAUUGUUAACGUAGUUUUGAUAGAUGUAAUAAUUCAAAGAAAUUAUUAAAAAGAUGUUGCUGAAAGACAUAUUCCAAAGUGCAAAGAAAUCAAAGCUAAACCAAAGCCACCUAAAAAAAAAUAACAAUAAGAAAUGAAAAGAACGACUUAGUUAAGUACAGCAUCAACGACAAAUUAAAAUGAAAAUAUUGAUCAAACUAAGCAAUCAUUUCGUGCUUAAAGUUUAAUGAAAACAGCAGAAGUUUAAAAAAGAUAACUUCCAGAAUUAAAGAAAGCUAUCUAUACAGGAUUUGGUAAUUGAUAGAAUGAAUAUGUUAGGAUUUAUGGAUUGUUAAACAAGAGCAACUGCUUUAUCAGAUACUGAAUGUCCACAUUGUUUACGUAAAUUUAAUCCAAAAGCUGCACUUCGUCAUGUUCCUAUUUGUGAGAAAUUGAUGAGUAAAGAAUAAUUUAGUAAAAAUUUUAUAAUAUCAAACCUUAAGAAUUGAAAUUAAAAAAUAAGGCUAAUUUACCUAAACCAAAAAAAUUAGAACCUGUUUUACCUGUCAUUAUUGGUUAAUAACCAUAAAUGAAAAAGAUACUUAAGGAGACUGAUAUUCAAUUGAAAACCCAAUUAAAAUUUUGUACAUAAUGUGGUAAUAAAAUGUAAUUGGGACAUAAAUAUUGUGGAGGAUGUGGCCAUAAAAGAGAAAUUGAAUAAUGAAUAUAUUUUUAUAUAUAUAAUG